AUGUGUUGUCCUACUUUGCCCUCAUAUGUCGAGGAUAAUGCGGCUGCUUGGAGACCGGUUAAGCUAUUCUACAAUCUAUGGCUCUUUCAUAUAUCCAAACUUGUGGAAUGUUUGGACACCGUGUUCUUCAUACUCUCCGGCAAAUCCCGUCUCGUCACUUGGCUGCACGUGUACCACCACUCCUCCAUCAUACCCUACUCUCGCUACAUGGCUGAAUAUGUUCCUGACGGCCACGUUUUCAAUUUUGCCGCAUUGAACAGUGCAAUUCAUGUGAUUAUGUACGGCUACUAUGCUGUCGCUGCCCUCGGACCUGCUUGGAGACGUUUCUUGUGGUGGAAACGCUACUUGACCCUGUUGCAGAUGGCUCAGUUUAUAUAUGGAAUUACCAUCGCCCUCGCUUCUGCGCAACUCGGUUGUGCGUACCGACCGAGUACGUAUUACAUCUCCGCAGCAUACAUUUCAUCUAUACUGGCGUGCUUUAUGAAUCAUUAUUACCAGACGUAUCGAGCGGGGAAAGCAAAGAGACGUAGCGAUAAGCUGGAGACAUCCAAGACGGAUUAAGUUGGAGCGAUUCGCACCCAGUCUAUCGCAUCUUUCCGAGCUUGACCACUCACAGAAUCAUUUUGCUCUACUGAAACCAUCUUUUAUUACACACUUUUGAAAUUCUUUUCAGUAUUAUCAGUGCCUCCUUCAUACCCAGUUCUCGCGCUCUAACUCCCUUUACCUCCUAUCUCCUUACCAGUUGUAAUCCUCUCCCUUGCUUGUUCUUUAUUUUUUACUUUUAUUCCAACUCGAUGUAUUUCUGUCAUUUUUCACUGAACAGUUUCACAUUGCAAUCAAUGAUUUGUUCCUUGUGCGACCGGUCAUUCGGAAAUCUGGCGAAUCAGGUAUCGUUUCAAUGAAAACGGUCCUAACAGGAUCACUCGCUAGGUACUUAUGGCCGCUGAACGUACAGCUACUGCUUAGGACGAAGCCCUGCCAUUUUAGCUGGGCAGCUUCUUUUGCGUGCCUACUGACUGCACACAUACUCCAUCGUAAUUCGUCUGCUCACACCGUGCCGAAGUGGGUAAUUUCUCGGUGUGCACGGUGCAUGUGUUCUUGCAUUCGGUGGACUUUUC